CCAGAGUGGACUAGAGAGAAGCAAAGGGAGGUGCGCCUGCCAGGGAGGAAGGUCAUUUCCUCUUCCUUUCUUUUGUAAGGGCGGGGGAGAAGGAGAGUGGAGUUUGGCCUCCUGGUUUCUUGCCUCCCGGGAAAGCUGUAGCUCGCCCAAGCAGGGCAAGAUCCACCAGUCAAGUCGUCGUCCUGUUAAACUGGUUAUUUAUAAAACACUGCAACAAGAGUAAAAAUACCCUGUGAAUCUAGUAUAAUCAGUACAUGUGUGUGUGUGUGUCUGGGAUUUCCCCCAGCAGUUCCCGUUAAAUACAAUCUUGACAAGCGGGAGAGCAUCACUGGGUGAGCUAAGGUAACCAUGAGACACAAAAUGGUGCCAGAGAAGGGGAAAAGUCCGGAUACUGAUCUCCAGGAUGAGACUGUUCUAGAGCAGGGAAUACCAGCAAGGGGGAACCUGGAGGAGAGUGGCCAAGCGGGCAUGGAAGGUAGAGAGCGGUCCGAGAGAGCAGGAAGUACCUCUCCUGAACUCAAGUCUGUGGAAAACCAAAAUCUCGUGAAAAGGGAAGCCCCAGAUCGGGUGGUGAAAGGUGAGCCAGGUGAGAGGCGGCUGAAAUAUUUAGACCCACAAGCAGCCUUGAAAGCAAUGCAGUCCUGUACCCCAGAGCCACUGGAGUCCGAGCCUUGGGAGAAUGCAAAGGCUUGUCUGGCCUCUAUGGAGGGGGCAGCUGAGACCUACCGGAAGUUCAGAGGGCUGGCAUUUCUCGGCCGAGAAACCCAAGGGGACUAUGGAAAGACGGACACCGGAAACGUGGAGGGUUAUCAGAAAGUGAAGGAAGAUGUCCUCCGAGAGGACACCGCCACCAUGGAGGGGCAGCGCACGCUCUUCCGGGAGUUCCGCUACCAGGAGGCCGAGGGGCCCCGCGAGGCCUGCAGCCGCCUCUGGUACCUCUGCCACCGGUGGCUGAAGCCAGAGAGGCACACCAAGGAGCAGAUCCUGGAGCUGGUGAUCCUGGAGCAGUUCUUGGCCAUCCUGCCCAUGGAGCUCCAGAGCUGGGUCAAGGCUGGCUGUCCUCAGACUUGUGACCAGGCAGUGGCCCUGGCUGAAGACUUCCCGCCAAGAGGGCGAGCGGCCGGGCAGCUGCAGAGGGAGGUUCCGGUGCUGAUCCAGGAGCCUUUGACUUUCCCUGCAACGGCGCAGCCUCCUUCUGUCCCUGGCGAGAAGCGGCUUUGCUCUGUGGCCAAGCAGGAGGACGAGGACGAUGGUGACGGUGAUGGCAAUGACGAUGACGAUUCGGAAGGUGAUGAGUGGAUGAUUGAGACCAGGGAGGAGGAGAACCUUCAACAGGAGCCUCCAGAACCGAUGAAGCUCCGUAGGACCUCCUGGGGAAGAGUUUCUUGGCACCAAGUGGAUAGAGAAGCUUCUGCGAGCCACCAGGAUGGACCAGAGAGGGAAAGGGAGAACUCUCUGGAUCCGAAGGCAGGCAAGCCCUUUCCUUCCACCGAAGAGGAAGGCGACGUGGCCCAGACGGUCGUCAUAAAGAGGAGGCGCAGGAGCAGGGGGAAGAAGACGUGUGGGGUGUGUGGGAAAACCUUCAGCCGGAGCACAGUCCUUGCCGCGCACCAGAGGACCCACACAGGGGAGAAGCCAUUCAUGUGCCAGAGUUGUGGGAAGUGCUUCAGCUUCAAGUCAACCCUGGUGGCGCACGAAAGAACCCACACGGGGGAGAGGCCCUAUACGUGCGAUCAGUGUGGGAAGAGCUUCACGGUGAGCUCCGUCCUUACUAGACAUUAUCGGGUCCACAUUGAAAAGGAACUGUUCAAUUGCUCAGAGUGCAACAAAAGCUUUACGCAGAAAUCGCAGCUUCUCAACCACCAGAAGGUGCACAUGCGGGAGAAGCCAUUCAAAUGCUCGCAGUGCGGGGAGGGCUUCAGCCGGAGCUCGAGCCUUAAGAAGCAUGAGGGUGCUCACACCGGGGAGAAGCCUUUUAAAUGCCCCGAUUGUGAGAAAUCCUUCAACACGUCCUCUCAGCUUGUCAAGCACCACCGUGUCCACACGGGAGAGCGGCCGUACACCUGCUCAGAGUGUGGGAAAAGCUUCAGCCAGUGGCAAAUCCUGAUGGUCCACCAGAGAACCCACACGGGAGAGAAGCCAUUCAAGUGCGCCACAUGUGGGAAGUGUUUCUCUGACCGUGCUGUCCACAUCAGACAUCAGAAGGUCCACACUGGGGAGAGGCCCCAUCAGUGCGCAACCUGUGGGAAGAGGUUCACUCACCGCACAGUUCUGGUUAAGCAUCAGAAAAUCCACGCUAGAGAAGCUCUGAACAUGCUUAGACUGGAAGAGGAGCAACAGCAGUCCAAGGAAGCCUCAUAAAAGCUCGGAGCGGUUGAAGGAAGCCUCAUAAAAGCUCUGAGCAGUUGAAGGAAGCCUCAUAAAAGCCUGGAGUUUCACAAAUUGCCUUGACUCUAGGGCAGGGAUUCCCAACCUUGGGUUCUCAGAUGCUUGAAUGUCGGCUCCCAUCCUCUGGCCACAGUGGCUGAAGGGAUGCUGGGAGUUGAAGUCCAGCAACAUCUGGGGACCCAAGGUUGGGAGCCUCUGCUCUUACAGGUGAUUGUUGCAGGUGAUAGUUUGCUCCAUGGUAGCAUACAGCAGUGUGCCUGUAACCCAGUGGGAAGCCAGUUGUUCAUAGCCAUGGUCUGUGUGAGGCCACCGUCUGUGUGAGGCCACGUUUUUUGUGAAGCUACAAGUGCAGGAGACCCUUGAAUAGUGUGGGGAUAAUGUUCUUCAAAAUUACCACAAAAGCUGAAACCAUGAUAUUCAAAAUUUAAAACUUACCUGAAUAUUUAAGGCUUCUCCCAUUCACUUGAUUUUCAGAUUAUGGGAUUGCCAGUGCCAUUCCAGCACUCUGAGAAGUACUUGCCACAACCCUAGCAUGGGUGGUGGUCUCACUUUUUCAGGUAUACCACACAGUUGAUUUGUUUAUCCUGUGAUGGUGUCCCACAGGCACUGCAUUUCUCCCACGAGCUAGCAUAACAUAAUAUCACUCUUUCACUGAAGGCUAUGGCUUUUCAUAGACAUAGUUCAGCCUUUUAGCACUAUGAUCCCUUUCCCUGAGGUGUGCACAGAACCAGCAGCGGCAGUUUGGCUCGAAUUCGAGCCGAACCUGCCGGUCCACAAACUGGUUCAUCAGAACCGGCCGGCACUUCAGUUCAUACUAUCUAACUGGGUCAAACAGGUUUGGCCCGGUUCGAGUAACUUGUCUAUAAAGGGGAAUGGGUAAGGAUUCUCCUUUAAAGCAAAGGGGGGCUCCCUGCAUAAAAAGGGGUUGGGGUGAACGAGAGGGCACCUUACCAGCUGUGGGGCCGUGCACAUGCAUGAAGGUCGGAAAUGGGCCUCUCACCAGCCCACAGUGUGGGGCAGCAGCUCUGAAAGGGGCCUCUGGUGCCACCACAGAACCACCCCCACCACUGCCGGGGAGCCACAAUAUACAUAGCUGGUAAGGUGCUCUCUUGCCUCCCGCCCCCCUUCCAAUUCUUUUUUGUGUAGGGAAUUCCCCUUUGCUUGUAAAGGGGAAUCCUUACCAGAUUCCCAUUACAAGCAAGGCCGAACCGGGCCCGGUUCGGUUAAACUGGCCCCCUUUGGCAGGGGCAGUCCAGUUCGAGCUCAAACCGGUCGAACCAGGCCGCUUCGAAUAGAACCGCACCCCUAACUUUCAUCCCCUGGUUUAUGCUUGGUGAGCAGAACUAUAGAUUAAAUACCAAACACAGAAACCUGUUGCAGAGAGUGGACCAGUCAAAGUAUUGUGCCACAAAACCAAAAGAAGAUACCGUACAGUACCACAAAACGUAUGGUUGGGAAUAGUCUGUUUCUGCUUUCCUGCACCAUGUGCUGCCUCUUGGAAGUGGUGAGCAUUCAGGAUGCAUGGUGUCUGUAUACCUCGCGGAAAGCCAAAAGUACCCCCCAUGAUAACUAAAUUGCUACAUUGGGAGGUUGCCCACAAGAGGACAAAAUUGUGAGGGCUAAACCUACGAUAUCUGGGGGUCUCCUGCAGUCUUCCCUGUAACAGGGAUUCUCAGGUGCUGUUGACUACAACUCCCAGGCUCCCCAGCUGCAAUGGCUUUUGGAUGGGGAUUAUGGGGAUUGUAGUCAACAUCAGUUGUGAAUCCCUGUUACAGGGAAUACCGGUCUCCUGUACAGCAGGCUUAUCUGCCACAUUUGCAUUCCCGAUGAAGGGAGUGUAAAUUUCCAUUUGCCACAUGGCUUGAUACCACAACUAGCUCUCCAUGUUCCUGUACACUACAGUAAGCAUCCCUGGGGUAACCAGUUGCCUGGACUCCUCCUUAUACAAGGCUCUUGGCUUGGUGCUCACUAGCUGACUGAUUUGUUGAAUGGCAGUGAAGCCAACCAACUUGGCAUUUGCAUCUCUUAAAGCUAUGCACUAUCGUGAAUGAAUGAAAUGGAUAUAUACAGUUACGAAGGGUGGCGGAAUCCACUGGAUUUAUGCAUGUGCAUCGGCUAGUAGUAGGUAGUGUGUUUCGGGGUGGGGGCUGGGAGUAUUUUUUUCCCCUCAUUAAUUUCUUCAUUUCAGUGCAUUUUUGUGCCAUUCUGUUUGGCGAGGAAGAAUCCUGCUUCUUGUUUCUGAUUCUGGAGGUGGCCGUUGUUGCCUCUUAAUGAUAACAGGAUAUUGUAUAUCAUAAGAAAAACCUAAUUAAAAAAGUAGAAGUGCCUAAUA